GCCCAAGUCAGCUGACUCCGCUUUUGUGUGGGGCACGGUUGACAAAAGAAAUCCGCCUUUCGCGGCCGCCUUCAAAUCCCGACUUCUUUUUCUUCUCGUCAAGCACCUUCACACCGAAUCUACAGAUUGCUGAGGAAGACACCCGUGUCUAGGUACGUCUGCACGAUGCUGUGAUGAAUCGUGGUGCUGUGCUCGGCUUCUACACCCAUCUUUUAUGAUACCCCCCUCGUUCUUGUCAUUCACACAAGUCGAUAUUUUCCAUGAUCGCUUUGCUGGGGAUUUCUCCCGCGGGCGGGAGGAAGGGAAGAUAACGAUAUUUCCACGCUUCGGCGCUUCCCACACCCCAUCCCCAGUCAAACAUCCUUUGCGCGUUUUAGCCGGGCGCAGCAUCAUGAGGAAUCGCAGGAAUCGCAACCUCUCCUCUGCUGUGUCUCUGUCUCUCUAACACUUCCCUACCACUUCUCAGUAGGCAAUCAUGCAGAUCUUCGUGAAGACCCUCACGGGCAAGACUAUCACCCUUGAGGUGGAGUCGAGCGACACCAUCGACAAUGUCAAGCAGAAGAUCCAGGACAAGGAGGGCAUUCCCCCUGACCAGCAGCGCCUGAUCUUCGCCGGCAAGCAGCUCGAGGAUGGCCGCACCCUCUCCGACUACAACAUCCAGAAGGAGAGCACCCUCCACUUGGUGCUUCGCCUCCGUGGUGGUGCCAAGAAGAGAAAAAAGAAGGUCUACACCACCCCCAAGAAGAUCAAGCACAAGCGCAAGAAGACCAAACUCGCUGUGCUCAAGUACUACAAGGUCGACUCCGAUGGCAAGAUCGAGCGUCUUCGCCGCGAGUGCCCCAACGAGACCUGCGGUGCCGGUGUCUUCAUGGCUGCCAUGCAGGAUCGUCAGUACUGCGGUCGCUGCCACCUCACCUACGUCUUCGAGAAGAGCUCUUAAAUUGCUGGAAAGCUUAGGGGCAUGAUCCGGGACGGGGAAUGACAAUACCACAUCUCGCUACGAUUGGGACUUCAUGUAUGGCGUUUUGAGCGGACAUCAGGGUACCUUUGACUGGCGAGGGAAAGCAAAAAUGGGAAUGGCAUGACCGACUUGACCGAA